CCUCCCACUUUCCGAGGACGACGAGCGCCGUCAGGUUCGGCAGCGCUCAAUCCCAUGAGCGGACAAACCGCCCGCAGAUAACUCCGUUGUCCGUGAAGCACAUUUCGAUGAAAGAUUCAUUUUCGCAACUGCGCGCAGAACCAGAGGAUAUACUGCCUACCUCAGCAGAUAUAGGUGUGCACUCGAAUGAUUAUAGCAAGAUGUCCCCAUUUCCACAAAAAAUGGACGCACAUGAAGCUGUUGUCAUCAAAAAAGAGCCUGAGGAUGCACCUCCUACUUCGACAGAUCAAAGCAUGGAGCCUGACGAUUGCGGCAAUAUGUCUAUGUAUCCACUGCAGCUAGAGGAACACGGGAACAAUGCCGUCUCAGUCAAGAUAGAACCGGGCGAGUCGGCCUUCCUUCAGACCGACGAGGGCUUGUGCUCUGGGGCCUCUGACAAUGCGUCGUCGUUGCAAGUUCACCUGGGCGAGCCCUGGAAAGAUGGUCAUAUCGGGAUUGAAGUUCCAUACAAGAUACUGGCCAUGCCAGCGAGAGCCGACUUUCGCUCUGAAGACAGCGACAAAGUGUUGCCCUCUCGUCUGGACCUAGAGGGACACUGGAACAACAGCUGUGCGGUGAAAGAAGAGGUGGAUGGGGCGAGUGCCACUUCGACCUGUGGGGACUUGGACAGUAAAGACGCUUGCAGGCUUUCCGUUUCCCUCGAGCCUGUGGACGUAGUCCACAGGGCCACUGUCGUUGUAAAGGAAGGUACAGCGAAGCAACGAACACUCUUCCACAGUCGUUGGAGUGAACACUUUCGCCCAUUGAAGUAGGACCGAAAAGAAUGGGAUACGAGCUGCUGCGUCAGUGAGCCAGUUGCCAGCAGAAACAGGAACGGUGCAUAGGGUGUGG